AUGCGCCAGUGGGGCUCUAGCCUUCACCACAACGGAGUGUCAUUCUUCCUGGCCACCGUCCCCGAGGGCGUCCUCCUCUACCACGGCAAUAACCGACCCGAGUCGCCUACUGAGCCCGACUGGCUGGCCUACGAAAUGGAGCACGCCGAGCAGUUUGCCAGAUCGAGAGGGCCUCCCCCGGGCAAGGACAAGGCGCGCGCCGAGCGUCGCAAUCCAUUCUUCAAUCUCAGCCCGGUGGACACGGAGACUCAGCAGCACAUCCUCAAUACUGGCGAUAAGGAGCCCCAGAUUCCGGAUGAUGACGAGAAGAAGAAGGGUGGGUGGCUGCAUGUGUACAAGACCACCAGAGCCCUUCCCUUCUUAUACAUUGACGGGAUGAGCGGUGGUAAGACAGAGAUGGGAACCCUAGAUUCACAAGACUACCUUCUACGCAACAAGACUCAGGAGGAGGAUGAGCCCGGCAAGCCACAUCGUGGUCCCAUGGGUGAAGGGACUCGUGCUCGGGAGCUGUGCGAGUUGAGCACCUCGUGGGGCUUACAGGGUGUCAUCCGCAUGGAGGCUGGCUUUGAAAUCAUCAAGUGUGAUUUCAAGGACGGAUUGGAGGAGAUUCAGGCACUUCAGCGACCUGUAAGAGGCUCUGAUGGGUUUGGCCACCCGCCUGGAUAUGGUCCUGAUGGUCCUGAUGGAGACCGUCCCGAUCGUCCUGGAGAUGGUCCUGAUGCUCCUGGAAAGGGUCCUAAUGGCCCGGGCAGCGACGGUCCUGACGGCCCUGGAAAGUGGCCUGGUCAUGGCCCGGAUAGGCCAGAAAGCGAGCGCCCAGACGGACCUGGACGCUGGCCUGGUCAUGGGCCAAAUGGUCCCAAUGAAGACCGUCCCGAUGGUCCUGGUCGUUUCCCUGACCAUGGCCCAGGCGGGCCUGAUGGGCCUGAUCAUGGUCCUAAUGGUCCCGAGAAGCGCCCUGAUGGACCUAGACAUCGCCCAGGUAAGGGACCACGACCUUGGCCUGACCAUCCCCCGCGCCACCCUGAAGAUGGGCUUGAACACCCGCCACCACCUCGUGGCCCUUGGUCAUGGCCUGGUCCCCCUCCUCCUCCCGGUCCUCCUCGUUCACGACGCCCCGAGGAUGGUCCCGAAAUACCCCCGCGGCCUGACCAUUGGCCUGGCCCUCGUCCACGGCACUCCGGAGAUGGCCCUGAACAUCCUCCACCACCACGUGCCUUUUGGCCUUGGCCUGGUCCUCCUCCUCGCCACCCACGGGAUGGAGUUGAGUCCCCACCACCAGAAUCUCCUCAGCCACGACCCAGACAUCCCCAUGGCCGUCCUGAAGACGAGCCUGAAUAUCCAGCAGAAGGAAGUCCCCGAUCUUGGCCCGGGCCUCCUCCACGUCGAUCUGAAGAUGGGCCUCAAUACCCACCAUCACAUGGCCCCGGGCCACGGCCAGAACAUCCCCCGCGUCGCCGCCCCGAGGAUAGACCCGACCAUCCGCCACCACCGCCUCGUCAUUGGCCCUGGCCUGGUCCUCCCCGACGCCCUGAAGAUGGACCUGAGUACCCGCCACCAAGAGGUUCAAAGCCGUGGCCAGGACAUCCCCCUCGCCGCCCAGAGGGUGAACCUGGGAACUCGCCUGGAAAGCGCCCCGGUCAUGGCCCCGGUCAUGGCCCAGGGAACGGUCGAGGGGGUAGCAUCUCCAGCUUCGAGUUUCUUCGUGGAAUAUCAAACAGAUACGACGGCAUCGGCUCUACUCGCACGAUUUUGGACUAUUCGUCCAUGGUAUCUGCCUAUUUCUUCCCUGUUAACUUGACGAAUCCCGACCCUAAGCGUCCCGAUCUGCCACGACUGACCAACCUCUCUGAUGAUGAGCUCAAGCAUAUCCGGGGAAUUGUCGGGGACGUCGUCAAAGAGCGAUUGGACGGAAAAGCACCCAUCAUAAACUGGCAGGAUGUGGCAGAUCUCAUCGUCAAGCGAUAUGCGGAGAGGCUCCAGUUCAUGACACAGGAAGGGACCUCACCCAAGCGCAUCGCAGACGAAGCAAACUUCCUCCUAGACACGUUCAUCGACUAUUCCACUGAGGAGAAGAGCCAGGACAACUCUGCCAGCAUCUCUCGCUGCACCAACCUGUACUUGCAACCCAUUUCGCCAAAGACAACGGCCGAUGAGCUUAUCUACUCUGCUUUUGAAGAAGUCCUGUCACAGAUUUGCACUACACUGUUCAAGGUCCGCGACAUUUCUCAAGUGGCUCAGCAGAACGAAGACUAUGCGUUCCCAACUGCAGUCGGCACAUUGCAGUCCUUGUUGAACUACCUCGGGUGGGCUAGCUUCAAGCGAUGCCCUCCUUGCGGCGUUGACGAGGUCUGCCUCAUCCCCAUGUGGCCGUUUGGAACCGUGGAUGCUUAUGAGCACCCUCGGUGCGUCAAGUCGACAGACGGCCGUGGCGACGGCGAGAGCUACUGGGGAGACAGACCUGGGCCUCCUCCACCCAAGUACGAGUAA